AUGAGUGUCAAAAGACCAGCUUAAAUUAAUUAGCAAAAUGCAUAGUCAUAAUAAUUGCUAACUCCAUUAGAAGAUAAAAAACUGUUACCAAAAAAUGAAACCAGUUUAGAAAAUAACUAAGGAAAAUCAAGGCAGAAAGCAAUUAAGGCCAUUGGGUAGAGAAAUAAAUCAUUGCCUUAACUUUCCCCCAGAGCUAAAGAUCUAGCUGAAGUUGAUAUUGGAAAGAAAAUGACUCUUAAUAACUUAAGAGAGCACAUUGAACACUUCAUUAGUGAAAUAGAGGAUGAUCUCUAUCAAGUUGAGGUGCAGGAUCCAGAUGGAGGAGAUGAAGAAUACAGAGGUCUUUUCUAUAAUGAAUAAUCAAAGCAAAUUGUAGAAACUUUGUUAGAGAACAAUAAAAGCAUGGUUUUAAAAGUUUCAGAAGUAGCUAAUGCUAUCGCAAAAGUAGCCCAAAAGCUUAGUUUGAUUAAAUAAUAGUAGCAAAAAGACAUUGAUAGAGAACAUAAAGAAGCAAAUCCUGAUUUAAAAGAAGCUGAUCAGCAGUUAUAAUCAGCAUAGUUACAAGCAAGAGCACUAUAGCAUUAACUAAUGAAAGUUAAAGAUCACUAUAAUAGCUUAGGAGAGCAGAUAGACAAGAAGAGGCACCUAGAAAACUAAUUAAUUGACUUAGACAGGCAAAAAGCUUAGCUAUUAGAUGUUAUCUAAUCACAGCAAAAGUAUUUGACUGAAUCCUCUUAGAUUCUGAACGGUUCAUCAUAGGCAGUUUCAUAAUAAACAAAAUUGGAAUCUGUCAAAGAUGAGAUAAAAGAGUUAAAAAAAUAAUUCAGAUAACUGUCAACUUCUAUAAGAGAGAAAAAACCCGAAAAAAUGCAAGAUGAGUUUCAGUAAGUCGUUGAUGUUACAAAGAUGCAGUAAUAACUCAAACUUACUAUUGAUAUUAUUAAAAGAGGAGUAAGAGUGAGAUAGAGCUAGCAAACCGAGAGGACUAAAAAGGUAGUCGCAACAGAGUAAUCCCCCUUAAGAAUUAUAAAUAGAAGCAAAAUUCCACCAACAAUUGAUGAAGAAAUAGUCAUUAAAAAGAAAAACUUAGGGCUCAUAAAUAAGGUCAACUAAAGUGGGAUUAUAGAUUACUAAAACAAGUUGAAGUAAAUAGAAAAUUAGAUAACUGAAAGAUCUAAACUAAUUGAUCAAUAUAAUUCAGAGAAUAAUGAGCUAGCUAGUGAAAUAAAGCUUCUAACAGAUAAAAUAGAUCCAAAGAAUUUAGGUAUCAUGUAAGUUGGUGCUAGUCUUCAAAAUUAAAGACUAUAUGGAGAAUAAGAAAAUGCCAAGAUCAUAAUCUUUAAGAGAAAUUAUUCAAGACCUUAGAAUAGGCUAGAAUCCGGUACUUCUCCAAGUAAAGUAAGCGAAGUUAAUAAAAGUAUAGAUUUUCUUGCUCAAAGAAAUGGUAAUGAGAAAAUAGUUAAGUCUAGAUUCCCCAGUAUCUCUCAGCAAGAUUCAAAAUUUAAGAAUGGAAUACUAGCUGUCAAUUAGUCUAUGGAUUUCAGAUAGAUUUAAAGACAUCAAGAUGAUUCAGAAGAAGAAGAUGCUGAUGACAUGUCAGCCUAUCAAAAUAAGAAGGACCAAUUUAUAAAUGCUGAGAGGAAUAAUUUCAGAAAAUUAUAGAAUGCUAAAAUGGCUGUUAAGGCAAUAAGAAAUCAAUAAUAGAUAAAUAGUGAUAAACAGACUGAGCUUUCUAAAACUAAGACACAAAAGAGAAGUUCUCAUGUCAGUCCAUCUCAAAGUAAAUCAUUUGCCAGAUCAGAUAUGGAGACUCUUGAAAAUAACAAUAACAAUCAGAGUAUUAGCAUUAAUAAUCAAUCUAUAGAGAGGCAAUCUAAACCUUAGCUUGAAGAGAGUCAAAUAGAAGAGUCUAUUAUUGAUAAUAGUGCUGAUCAGUAUUCUAAUCAAAUAUCCCCAGUUUAGAAUAAAUCUUAUGAGGUUAAGACUGCUAUUUAAAAUGGAAAAUUUCAAAGAUGA